AUGAGUGGAGACAACAAAUGGACUUUAAACAAAGAUCAUAUUAGACUAGCUCUUAGAAAAGUGGGUGUUGAAGCUGAACAAGAUACAAUAACACUGCUCCACUCAUCAAUCACAGAACCACAAGAAUUUAAAUUUGAAAUUUCUGUUAUGGGAUUGGAUCCAAUAACAGUUGAUGGUCAUAUUUACUUAGUAUAUAAAAAUGCAGCCAAAAAUAUGGCUGCCUUGGACCUCCCACCUGUCUGGAAGACCACAGUAAAGAAGCCCAAAGACAGUGAUCAAUUGGAAGCGGAAGGUAGUGAAAGACUAGCUAGUGACACAUUAGACAGUGACUCCUCGUCAGAUGAUGAGGCAAGUCCUAAAUUAUCAAAGGAUGUUGACUAUUCAAAGAAAUUAUUCACAGAAGAUGAAAGUCCAGAAGAUCCUGAUAAAAAGUGAUCCAGUGUGUUUUAGUUUUCCCAAUAGUAAAAGUCAUAUAUACAAUUAUUAAAACC